AUGCGUGCAUGCGUGCGUCAGCGUGCUCACGCAGAGGCCGUUGAGAAGGGAGGCAGAGACCGUUGCGAAGGGGUGGCGGCAGUCAUGGCGGGUGAUGGUGAUGGCGACGGCAAGCCGACCCAACUUAACCACAAGCUGAAUAACUUCGAUGGUGGCGGUGGCGAGCCCUUCCUGAUUGGGGUCAGUGGGGGCAGGGCCAGUGGCAAGUCCUCCUUUUGUGUAAAGAUUGUGCAGCUUCUAGGGCAGAACAAAUUGGACUACCGCAAGAAGCAGGUGGUCAUCCUGAGCCAGGACAGCUUCUACCGCGUCCUCACUUCAGAGCAGAAGACUAAAGCCCUGAAAGGUCAGUUCAAUUUCCAUCACCCAGACGCCUUUGACAAUGAACUCAUCUUCAAAACGCUAAAAAAAAUCGCCAAAGGGCAAAUCGUGCAGAUUCCCGUGUAUGACGUUGACUCCCAUACCCGGAAGGAGGAAACAGUCACUGUCUACCCCGCGAAAGUGGUCCUUUUCGAAGGCAUUUUGGCCUUCUACUCUCAGGAAGUGCGAGACCUGUUCCAGAUGAAGAUCUUCCUAGACUCAGAUGCAGACACCCGGCUCUCCCGCAUAGUAUUAAGAGAUGUCAGCGAAAGAGGGCAAGACCUGGAAGAGAUUUUAUCCCAGUACGUUAUGUUCAUGAAACCUGCCUUUGAAGAAUUCUGCUUGCCAACAAAGAUAUAUGCAGACCUGAUGAUUCUUAGAGGUGUGGACAAUCUAGUGGCCAUCGACCUCAUUGUGCAGCACAUCUGCGACAUCCUGAAUGGAGGACUUUCCAAGCAGCAGACCAAUGGCUAUCUCAAUGGCUACAUGCUUACAUGCAAAAACCAGGCCUCGGAGUCCAGCAUCUGGCUGCAUUGA